CCCGUGUCCCUCUCCUCUUCGCUCACUCUGCUGCAACCACAUGGGCAUCCUCAUUGUUCCUCCAACACACCAGCCUCUGCCCUACCCCAGGACCUUUGCACGUGCUAUUCCUGCUGCCUGAAACUCUCUUCCCCCAGAUCUUCACCUGAAUCCCUCCCUUCCCUCUUUCAGAUCUCAGCCCCCUCUCACUUCCUCCCAGAGGCCUCCCUCACUCCUCAGUAGCCUUUCUCCUGUUCCUCACUACUACACCCUGUUUCAUUUUCUCCAUGAACUUCUCAUUCUCUGCAGUGGAUCAGUCUCUCAUCUAUUAUCGGUCUCCCCCAGCUGGCCUGUGAGCUCUGCAAGGGCAGGGUCUCUGUGCAUCGUGGGCUGCAACGGCAGCUACAGCAGGUCUUUGCACAUGGCAGCUGACCCGGAGCUCAGCUCACAGCUAGGAGGAGCCAUACGCCGUCUCUGUGUCUUAGCGCUCACCUGCACCUGCAUCAGGGAGCAAGCCGCUACCGCGCAGCCUGCCUCCCGGGCCCCAGGGAGCCGCGCGGCUUCGGAGCCGUCACCCUAGGCUGCUUCCUCGGAGCUCCGUAUUUCCUGCGUCAAAAACGCUGAUGAUCCCAGCCUUACCGGGUCGUGCUGCCAACGUCUAAACCCUUCUCCGUACACUUCCCAGCAGCUGUAUGAACAAAAGGAAAAGUGAAACAGGUCUACUGCAGUGUCCUCCAUGGGCCUCGGUAUGGUGAGCACGUAGGGGACUCCGAGCAUGCAGGAAGCCAGGUGCUGUGGAACAUGCCUCCGCCACCCCGUGUUUCUGCUGCCCGAGGCCGCACCCACCGACGCCCAUGGCCUGCGCGGACCUGUCGCUCUCCAGCGCCUUUGACGUUCUCGGCGCUGCAGGGGAGGGCAAGCUCUUGCACCUUAAGCACAAGCUGAAGACCCUGCGCCCGGGCUGCCGGGGGGCGGACCUCCUGCACGCCAUGGUGCUCCUGAAGCUGGGCCAGGAGACCGAGGCCAGGAUCUCCCUGGAAGCACUGAAGGCGGACGCGGUGGCCCGGCUCGUGGCGCGCCAGUGGGCCGGCAUGGACAGCGCCGAGGUCCCAGAGGAGCCCCCAGACUUGUCCUGGGCAGUUGCCCGGGUGUACCACCUGCUCGCCGAGGAGAAGCUGUGCCCGGCCACUAUGCGGGACAUGGCCUACCAGGCCGCCCUCCAUACGUUCAGCUCCAGGGAUGACCACCGGCUCGCCGAGCUCCAGGGAGAGGCCCAGGACCGGUGUGGGUGGGGCAUCAUCGGGGACACAGGGAGCUUCCAGCCCCUUCACUCUGAUCUGGGCUGCCUGCCACCAUCCUCAGUGUCACCCUCAGGCACCCGCAGCCUUCCACAGCCCAUAGAGCACCUUUCAGGCUGGAGCAGAGGGCGUUCCCUGAGAUCCACUGGCAGCCCCGCCUCCCUGGCCAGCCAUCUGGAAAUCAGCCAGUCCCCCACCAUGCCCUUUCUCAGCCAUCACCGCAGCUGCCAUGGGCCCAGCAAGCUGUGUGACGAGCCCCAGGCCAGCCUGGUGCCCGAGCCUGCCCCCCCGGGCUGCCAGGAGCCUCAGGAGGUGAGCUGGCCACCGUCAAUUGAGACUGUCAGCCCCCCAUCGGUGGAGACUGCCAACCCCCCACAAGGGGAGACUGUCAGACCCUCAUCAGGAGAGACAGCCAGCCCCCCGCUGGGGGAGACUGUCAGCCCCUCAUCAGGAAAGACAGCCAGCCCCCCAUCGGGGGAGACUGCCAGCCCCCCACUGGAGGAGACUGCUAGCCCCUCACCUGGGGAGACUACCAGCUCCCAGAUGCCACCAAACAGUGCAGCCCCUAGGCUUACUGAGCUGGUCCCAGAUGCAAGCCCUGCUGGCCAGCCCGACCCCCCCAGAGCUCUGGAAAUCAGCACCCACUACCCGGUGGAGUGCACCGACGCGUUGGCAGCCCCCGAAUCUCUUUCCUUGCCCUCCAGAAACACUUGGCCUGACAAGGGCCAGAGCCCAUUCCCACUUCCUGAAGAAGAUACCGCUUCUCAGGUGGCCAGCGCCAGCCCCCCUCCACCCGCACCCCUGAAGACGUCCCCUCCCCACCCUUCUCCAUCCACCCUUCCUUCCACUGGCCUGGCCUCCUCCAGCCUGUGCCCCCCUUCUCCCGAGCUGGAGUCCGAGCAGAAAUUCUAUAACUUUGUGAUCCUGCACGUUGCCGCGGAUGAACACAUUGCCCUGCGGGUCCGGGAGAGGCUCGAGGCCCUGGGGGUCCCCGAUGGGGCCACCUUCUGUGAAGAUUUCCAGGUGCCCGGGCGGGGCGAGCUGCACUGCCUGCAAGACGCCAUCGACCAUUCGGCCUUCACCAUCCUGCUGCUCACCCCCAACUUCGACUGCCGCCUGGGCCUGCACCAGGCCAGCCAGUCGCUGAUGAACAGCCUCACGCGGCCCGGGCGGCAAGACUGCGUGAUCCCCUUCCUGCCCCUGGAGAGCUCCCAGGCCCCGCUCAGCCCCUACACGACCAGCCUGCUCACCGGCCUGGUGUGGCUGGACGAGCACUCCCAGAUCUUCGCCAGGAGGGUGGCCAACACCUUCAAGGCGCAGAGGCUACGAGCCCGCAAGGCCAACUGGAAGAAGGAACAGGACGUCCGGGCCCUGCAAGAGCAGCGCCGGCACCUGGAGGGCGAGCGGCAGCAGGUGGCAGCGCUGAACGCCGCCUACUCGGCCUACUUCCAGAGCUGCUUGUCCUGGCAGGCGCAGAUGGAGACCCUCCGGAUGGCCUUCGACAGCCACAUGCCGUUUGGGACUCAGAUGCCCCCCGGGAGCCCCUCCCCGCCCUUUCCCUCCUGGCCAGGCCACCAGCCGCCCCCUGCGCCUCCGUGGCUGGCCGGCUCGCCCGCACCCGGCUCACAGUCCAUUGCCAGAGACAGAGAAAGUGACCGGGGGAUCAGGCCUGUGAUGGAAGAAUGUAGGGGAUUGCAGAGGCCCAAAGGGGACCACUGA